GUAGACAGGAAACGAGUUUAUGUUGGUUGACCAGUUGCCUUUAUAACAAAUUUAACCUAAUCUAUACGAUUUAUAUGAAAGUCAAAGCACUCUGAUUUUUAAGAGAGACUGGUAUGCUAAUUGUUUGACACCACAAUAUCCAGAAUGAGACUGCGAACACAAAGACCUGAGCGAGGGUAGCAUCAGCGCAGGAGAAGAGGGCAGACUCGAGUGAACCUGGAGUAUCAGCCCAGCUCUGGCACCUUGGCAGAAUGUACCCAAUGGAUCCAGAGAAGCACAGUCAGCGGAGGGAGUGUGGAGAACCAGAGACAUGCAGUCAGAAGAGGGAGUAUGAAGAACCAGAGAGGUACAGUCGGCGGAGGGAGUACGGAGGACCGAGCUCAGGACAAUGGGACGAUAGCCUUGAGAAGAGAGGCAAUGGCCAGGCUAUGCCCCGAGAGCCCUACAGUGAAUACUCCAGCAUGAGGAGGACUAGAGAAGGUGGGAAGGAGUAUGGUGCUUCCUCUGCUAAGAGCUACAUUAUGGACCCAUCAUCCAGAGACUGGAGCAAAGGCUCAUUGAAGGGUAGCAGUGCUCCCUUCUCCCCAGACACAGAUGGAGAUCCUGUGGAGCUCAGUGUGGAGGACCUGGAACUCGCUCGUAAGAAGAAGGAGCUGAAGGUCAUAGAGGAAAAGAUAGCUCACAAGAAAGCUGUUCUUGCUCUGCAAAAAGUUAAACGCGGAGCUAAGGACAUGCCUGAAACACAGGCUGCAUCCACAACAGUGAAGGGCAUCUCUAAACAGACCAAGAUCAACAAUACAAUAUUCAAAACAUACAACCAUGUCACCGACAAGUCGUCACGCGUAUGCCUACCUCUUAAACAGAGGGUGCUGGACAUUCUGAGUAAGUUCAGAAGAACAGCGGUACGGUGUAUGCGUAAGCCGAAGAAACAAAACAAGAUGCGAGCAUUGGAGCUGAUGAUUAGCGCUCCCCUAGAAAAUGAAGAGGCCCAUCCUUUGAGACUGAGAGUGAAGGUUUUAAUGAACCAACGACGCUCUCCCAACAAUAAGGUGGUCCCUAAUGAUAAACAACAUAAUCCAACCAUUCAGGGGCCAGAUCACUCACUCAGGACACAGGAGAAAGACAUAGCAGCCACAGGCUUCCAGCGCUUCCUCAAUGUUCUCAAUGAAGGUGUGGACAUCAACAAGCUCUCAAAGAUCGUCAACGACGAAAAUGAGCCACUCAUUGUGGGCGAGGAGCUACCACAAGUUUGGCCGACUCUGCUCGAGGGUCAUGUUGACUCCAGCAGUAGAUCCAAGUCUUCUCCAGUUGAGGAGAAGGUGAGGCUUGAGGAUGAGCAGCGGUACGAGCGGAUGCAGACCCUCCUGGAGAUCGUUGGGCUGGACUUGGGGGUUGAGGAGUUGGGUCGGCUAACAGACAGGACCAAUGAUAGGCUGUAUGGGAAGAUGGGAGACUUGAAAAGGGACAGAGAGGACAGAGCCAGAGAAGGGGAAAGUUCUACGAGAGAGAGAUGCGGGCAAAGAUGCUCUAGUACCAGAGACAAGGACAGAGUCAGAGAAAGGGACAGAUCUGAGAGAAAUCGAAAAGGAGACGGGCAGAGACACUCUAGUACCAGAGAGAGAGACGAGGACAAACCGGUAGUCAGAGAAACGAACAGAUCAGAAAGGAACAGAGAUAAAGACGGGGACAGAGACCCAGAGAAGGACUGGGACGGAGGCCGAGAGAGAGACCGGGACAGAUCUAGGAGAGACGGGGGCAGAUACAGAUCUGAGAGAGACAGAGACCCAGAGAAAGGCAGGGACGGAGGCCGAGAGAAAGACCGGGACAGAUACAGAUCUGAGAGAGACAGAAACCGGGAGAUAGACAAGGAUAUAGACUGGUGGCUGCAAAGGACCAGAGACGGAGACAAACGUUCUAGGGCCAGAGACUGGGACAGCGAGAGCGACUGGAACAGAGAGAGAUCUGAGAGGGAUAGGUAUGGGGAUGAGUCCAGGGAACGCUCCAUUGAGCUCAACUCAUACUCCAUGGACCCUAUAUUCCCUGUUUCUCAUCCUCAUGCCUCUAUGAUGGCUACCUACUCCACCACCCAGUACUCUCAGUAUAUGGCAUACCACAGCAGCCCCUACACCAUUGCCUUCCCUCCAGGGUGGGGUUAUCCCCCUGGUACCAUGCCCCCUGGUACAAUGCCCCCUGGUACCAUGCCUCCUGGAAUCAUGCCCGCUGUUGCCAUGCUGCCUAGUAAUAAGCCCCUCCUAUCUAACACCCCUGGGUAUCCACCCUACCCCAACUACCCCCCAUAUUACUCUUAUGGCACCACAGCCUUAAACCAGACAUACGCAUACACCCAGCCUGCCAGGACUACAGCAGUCUUAAGUCAGAGAUGCACAUACACCCAACCCGCUAGCAAACGCAAGAAAAAUAAACAGAGGCAAGCCCUAAUGAAAGUGUCCUGUCAGAUGGUGACAAAGAAGUACGCCGUGGUUUUGACCACUCCGAUAGCGACAAAGAAGUCCCCCUCUGAACCAGGGUCCAAGAUUAAAGCAAAGGGGAGAAACAAUAUAUUCUUCACAGGUAUAUUCAUGAAGAGUUAUCACAGUCAUCUAAGGAAGUUUCAGUAUAAUUUGAAACGGCUUGCGAAGAGGAAGAAUAAGGCUCACCAGCGCAAAAGAAAGCGAUUGCUUGCAGAAGCAGCAGGGAAAGUGGCCCCUCACUUCCCUCUUGAACCGGAGCCCAAGAAAGACCAAGAAGGAGGAGCAAUGAUAGAUGGGGAGAAACUACAUGCUGACACUGCUGGAGAAGUGAUCCCUCAGGAAGCUGCAAAUAAUUUGGAGGCACCAUCUGAAACAGGGCCUAAGAAAGAACCAGAAGGUGAGAAACUACAUGUUGACACUGCUGGAGAAGUGAUCCCUCAGGAAGCUGCAAAUAAUUUGGAGGCACCAUCUGAAACAGGGCCUAAGAAAGAACCAGAAGGUGAGAAACUACAUGUUGACACUGCUGGAGAAGUGAUCCCUCAGGAAGCUGCAAAUAAUUUGGAGGCAUCAUCUGAAACAGGGCCUAAGAAAGAACCAGAAGGUGAGAAACUACAUGCUGACACUGCUGGAGAAGUGAUCCCUCAGGAAGCUGCAAAUAAUUUGGAGGCACCAUCUGAAACAGGGCCUAAGAAAGAACCAGAAGGCGAGAAACUACAUGCGGAUGCUGCAGAGAAAGUGGCUCAUCAGGUGACUGCAAUGGACUCUGCGGCCCCCUCUGAAAUGGGCCCCAAGAAAAAAAAGUUGUAUCCAGGUAUCUUCAUGAGGAUUCUAAUGAGACGUCUAAAGAGGCAUCAGUACAAGAUAAAAAGGAAGAAGAAGCAUUUUGCAAAGAGGAGGAAAAAGGCUUUCCAGUACAAAGGGAAGAGACCAUUGGUAGACACUAAGGAAAAAGUGCCUCUUCUAGAGGCUGCAAAGGACUCUGGGAACCCUUCUGAACCAUGGCCCAAGAAAAAGAAAAAAAAGAAAACACUAGAGGAAAAAGGAGGUAUAUACUACCCAGGGAUAUUCAUAAGGGUACACAGAACCUAUUUGACAAGGGGGAAACUGUCAAAGGCAAAAGCAGCUGCUGAAGGCACUGAGGCCAUUUCUGAACCAGCACCCAAGAUUGAAGGGGAGGGAGGAAUGACAGAAGGGGAGGAACUGCUUGCAGACACCAUAGAGAAAGGGGUUCCUCAAGUGGCUACAAAUGACUCUGGGCUUCCCUCUGAACCAGGGCCCAACAAAGAACCAGAAAGAGAGGAAGAAACUAUGUUAGAAGAGGAGAAACUGCUUGCAGAUCAUGUGGCGAAAGUGUCUGUAAAAGGCCCUCAGGUCCUCUUGGAACCAAAGGCUGAGAAAGACCGAGAAGGAGAGAACGACGCAAUUAUAGAUGGCGAGAAACUGCUAGCAGACCCUGUGGAGAAAGUGGCUAUAACGGGCCCUGGAUUCCUCUCUGAACCAGAGGCUGAGAAGGAGACAAGGGGAGAAACAACCAGUGGCAUGAGAAUUAAUGGAGGAAAAAUAAGCUUGAAGAGUUCAACCUGAAGAUGGGCACGCCUAACAUAGCCUCAAAGGAUGGCUAGCUGUUAUCUUCACUUGGCAUCAUGAGCUCAUCUCCCACUAGAAUAGAACUUGCUGCUGACCCAUCCAGACCCUAUGGACAUCAGUUGGCUUAUAUUCUUACCUAUCAACCAUUUAUAGAUUUGUAAUGAUGCUAACAAAGGAUUUGUUAAAGUUUAGUCUUAUCCUUAAAUGCUUCGUAUUGAAGUUAUUUUCAGUGUAAUUUAUGGGUAUUGUGUGUGGGGUAUGGGUAGGGUCUAGCACAUUCAUAUAUGCUAAGUACCUUUAGCGCCUAUUGAUGAUAGUAUCUUCUGGCCGGGGGCGUUUAAUUAAGAGCCCCGACCCUUGCACUAAAUGUUAACACGCAUCGCUUGCGGUCUGAUUUUGGAACAUAAGGAACUAUCUUUCAUAUCAGCGGGACAAAAAUGCACAUUUAUUGGGUUAGGGUUCCCACACGGCCAUAUUUCCAUGUUAGUGCUUGUUUACGGAAAACGGACGGAAGACGGGAGUCGACUACCUGUGCUAAUUACCGAUCUGCAUCUCCAAAACCCUGUGUGUAAACGGAAGAUGGACGCCACAAACUCGUUGUCACUGAAAAAUACUGUCGGCUGCAACUGUUAAAACCGGUUUUAUAAACUGGGUGGUUUGAGGCCUGAAUUCUGAUUGGCUGAAAGCCAUGGUAUAUCAGACCGUAUACCAUGGGUAUGACUAAACAUUUAGUUUUACUG